AUGGGUGCCGUUAUUUCUCAGCUCGGAUUUAAUCAGCCGUUCUUACUUGCUCUCGCUGUAAUAGUUAUUCUCCUUGGGUUGACAGUUGUUGCUGUUGGUCAUGAUAACAAUGAAAUAAUCUGUGAUUAUGUUCCAAUUCCUCAAAUUCGGAUACUACCCACUUCUGCUCCGCCUCCCCCAGCACCUCCACGAAAAAACAUGUGA